UUUACAAGCGGUCGUUGGCCAGAAUUUUCCGUUAAAUAUAAUAUAAAUUUCGAUCGUUAUAAUUUUGUUUAUCGUUGCGUUGUCAUUAUCACGAUGAAAUGAGCUUUGAUAGUGUUGUGCCAUUAUGGUCCCAAAUGUCGAACUUUAAGGUUUUUGUGAUUUGUGAAUGAGAUCAAAAUGGCCGGCAAGAUCACCGCUGCUUUUUUCGUCUUCGUUACCGUCGCUUUUCUCGCAAACGUCGGAUUUGUCGUCGGCAACCCUGCGAUCGCAACUGGCUACGAUCCCCUGGAGGUUUGCAUCGAGAACUGCGCACAAUGCAAGAAGAUGCUGGGCGCGUGGUUCGAAGGUCCCCUCUGCGCUGAAUCCUGCAUCACCUUCAAGGGAAAGCUGAUCCCUGAAUGCGAAAACUUCGCGUCAAUCUCACCUUUCCUAAACAAACUUUAAUUUUCUACUAUGAAGCUGUAUGGAUUGAUUUGAUUGAUUGAGUAUCUCUGUGAAAUGCCAUUCGGUAGUAGGUACAGGUCUUAUUUUAUGUUGUGCAAAAUAUGUGCAGGGACUGUUUUCGUUUUUUUUUCAAGGCUCUUUGAAAUGUAUAAGAAAUAAUUUAUUGUUUGAGCAAAAUAUAUGUUAAAUGUUUUAAUUUUUACUUAAAAGUUAUAUUUUCCAAGUCCUACGCUCUAUUUUUCAAAUCGAUACUUAAUUAAAACAUUUCCUGCCUACCCGUUUUGGGAUACUACUACUGCUAAACUGUAUUAGGUACUAAUUUCAUAGUGAUACUCGAUUGAUACGAGAUCUAUUAGAAAAACAUUCCAACCGACGACAUGCCAAAGCAUUUGAUACUCUAUGUAAUUAGAUUUAAGUCGAUAUUUGUAAGUUUUAUACUCGUUUAUAUUACAGGGAUUAAUGUAAGAUAAUAUUGAAAAAUAAAAGAAUUUUAUCGAUUA